UAUAUUGUGAGGGGCCUGACGGUGACUUGGUCUGGUUUUCGUCGACAUGUAAUGCCAGUACGCAUUGGCCAGACGCCGACUUGAUACAUUCCGUUCCUUCCUCGAUUCUCUUGCAUUUUGAUCUCUCUUCAAUCCCAUUUGCAGUUCAUUUCGAUGGACUGAGUGUCUUCUUUCCUUUCAUUCAUAGCUUCAUUGACCGCCAUUCAUCGCAAUGGCUACAAUAUUGCGAUGCAACGACGGCGUUCCAUCGCGGCAUGGUAGCAAGGUACGCAAACUCGCUCACCACAUUUAGAUAUCCAUUGACCCCGCAUCAGGACACUAUCGUCCCCGCUGGGAAGUCGAGCUCAAAAGCCGCAUGGAAACGCUCACGGGCCGCCACCGUCAGUGACGAAGAGGACAAGGCAGCCCAACCAUGUAAUGCCUACAGUACCCCCAUUGCGGAUAGCUACACCAAACAGACUCAACCCUUCACAUCGUCAUCCUCUACAUUGACAUCGCCAUCUCCCUCGCCUUCCACACCGAAAUCAUUCUCCAAACCCAGCAUCCCUCAGCAAGUACACACAACACCCAACGGCUACCGUCUUGGGCCUGCCGGCAAUGAAGGCUGGAGUUCUGAUUCGUCGAGUGUGCAUACUAUACGGGCUUCCAGAAAAACCAAUUCUGGAGCGUCUUCUCCGAGGAGGAAGACUACGAUGAACGGAGGAGUUGGGGAAGGGGUACUUACCGUGCCUGCGCCGAAUGAGAAGCCGGCUAAAAAUGUUGUGGUGGAGUUCAUGGGGUUGAAGCUGUGUCGGAUUUGCGAUGCUGUGCCUUACUUACUCAGCACCCGCAACAUGAUCGAUCGCGUCCAAGCCAUCAUCGAAGACGACUUCGCGCAUGCGCCCGAGUCCCCCCUUUACGACACGCACUACAUCUCUGCUGGGACACAGCACAAAUACACCGACCGCGACCGCGCCCUCGUGGCCAUCCUAUCUUCUCUCCGCACCCUCCCUUUCGCACGGCAGCAACAGAACAACUGGUACCCCCAAGGUCUUGUCACCAAGGAUGACAGCCUCGUACUAUUCAACCACACAGCCGCUUACGGCGUAAAGCAAACCAAUCUCUCUCUCAACGACUUCGUCGACUAUGCACAGGCCUGGCUCUACAUCCGCAACCCAGCCAACGUAUCCGGCGUUGACCCCUCGGCCAAGAACUCCUGGCACAUAAUCGCGAAUACGCUGAGCAAAGCCGGCGUCGACAUUGGCAAAAUCGACCUCCAGCUCUACACAGCGCUCACCACUGACCUAGAAGGCGACGACCUAACCUCCGCAAUCGACGACAUCAUCGUCUGGUCCAAAGACGGCACACUCGACAACCGCCACGCCGCAUGGCGCUCCCACGACACCACAAACGCAAAGAAAAUAGUCGAAAGCCUGUCCUCCGACGGCAUCCCCACCAACGGUUGCUCCGACGGCCUCUACUCCAAACGCUUCACACACAAGCACCCCCUCGGGCGCCCCCGCUCCGAGAUCUCAGAAGACGAGAAGGCAGAGCUGCGCGCCGAGCGCGCUGCCCGCGUCACCGCUGAAGCCGCAGCGUAUAAGCUAGAAGAACAGAAGAGGGAGAAGAGGGAGGCGGGGAGGGGGUGCCUGGGCAGGUUAGCCAGGUAUUGGGGGAAGCGGAGGAGUAUGGUGUGGUUUGUGUUGUUUAUUGCGGUCUUCUUGAUGGGGAUUUGUGGGGUGGGGGUUUGGUUGAUGUCUAGUGGGAAGAGUGUUUUUACUGCGGGUGGGGAUGGGUAUUAGGAUUGAGAUGGUGGUUGGGGGGAUGGGUAUU